AUGCGGCUUCUACACACACGCACAUUGGAGCUGAAGACCUUUGUCGGCCGUAUCCCAUCGUACGCCAUUCUAUCGCACUGCUGGGAGGAUGAAGAAGUCGUUUUCUCUGAUCUUGCUGAUCUAGAGCAAGCGAAGAAGAAGAAGGGAUUUGCCAAGAUUGAAAAGACAUGUAAACUCGCGAUCGGAGAUGGAUUUCAUUAUGUAUGGGUCGAUACCUGCUGCAUUGACAAGAGUAGUAGUGCUGAACUUUCGGAAGCUAUCAACAGCAUGUUUGCGUGGUAUAGGGACUCAGAUCAGUGCUAUGCAUAUCUCGCCGAUGUCGAGCUCGAGGGUGCAUUCGCGGAAGGUCAAUCGGCAAGGCAUCGCAUCGCCUUUUCACGCAGCAGAUGGUUCGAACGUGCUUGGACGUUGCAAGAGCUACUGGCUUCCAGGAACUUCCAUCCUGAUAAGGACCAUAACUUGUACGACCCUCUCAUUCCUAUCAAAUUUCCAUCUGGUAGAUACGAUGGUAUGAAAUUCUAUUCGCGCGACUGGCAACUUCUUGGACCCAAGGUCAACCUUGGCAGACAAAUAUCAAAGAUCACUGGCAUCCCGAUGGAGUAUCUCGACGGUCAGAGCUUGGAAAUUGCGAGUAUCAGUAUGCGGAUGUCGUGGGCUGCAGAUAGACAGGCGACAAGAUCUGAAGACAUCGCUUACAGCCUACUUGGUAUUUUCGAUGUCAACAUGCCUUUGCUAUAUGGCGAGGGGAGGAUAAAGGCGUUUAGAAGGCUGCAGGAAGAAAUCAUGAAGAUCUCAGAGGACGAGACACUAUUUGCAUGGGAGGCUCCAUACCGUUGGAAGGCUUCAUAUCGAAACACGAAGCCUGAUACCAUUCGCUUCGGACGAUCCUGUGCCCCCUUCUACGAUGACCCACAGGGGCCUACGCAUAUGGCAAACGCUCUUCCACACUCACCAACUCGACAAGUAUGA